ACAAAGCCACCACAAUCAACAUGUUUAUUGAUGUCCUCCAUAUGAGAACAGCAUGUUCUAUCACUAGAUGUAUGUUUUCUUUUUAUUGUUGUGGUGGACUAUAAUCCGCCACUACCGGGUGCGUUUUCACGUUAUGGGUUAACUCCCGCUAACUCCGCCUAUGUGAAUCUAAAGGUAUACCCUGGUAGAAAUAUCGAGUUCAACCCAGAAAGCAGGGUUGUGUUUACUUCGUAUAGCUUACAUUCAGUUGACAGGAAUGGCAGACGAGUCUCUGUUUGACUUUCUCCAUAUGGAGAUCGUGUCACACAUCUACAGGGAGCAGCAACCCAGUAAAGGAGAAAUGGACAACAAGGACAGAGCUGUCUGUGUUUCUGUCCUUGAAAGCAUGGGUUUCAGGGUGGGACAAGGACUCAUUGAAAGGUUGACCAGGGACUCUCCCAGCUUCAAGGAUGAGUUGGAUGUAAUGAAGUUUGUCUGUAAAGACUUCUGGACAAAGGUGUUCAGGAGGCAGGUUGACAACCUCAGAACAAACCAUCAGGGUACCUAUGUCCUGCAGGACAACAAGUUUUCUCUACUGACUCAGCUCUCCAGUGGAAAACAGUACCUGGAUCAGGCUCCUAAGUACCUCGCUUUUUCGUGUGGCGUGGUGAGAGGAGCUCUGUCUAACCUUGGUCUUGACAGCGUGGUGACAGCCGAGGUCUCCGUUAUGCCAUCCUGUAAGUUUCAAGUGGUGAUCCAGAAGUUGUGACCAACCUGAUCCUCUCUGCUACCCUGGAGCUGAUGAACAUGGCCCUGUGGGGCUCCUUUAAUCCUAAAGAGAGGAUGGUAGUUCCAGUCCAACCACAGAGGGAAUCAAACAUCUCCCUGGUUUCCACAACUGGGUCAGACAGGAUUAGCCUGGUUCUGCUGACAACCAGGUACCUGUGACAGGAGGGCUUAGCCCGGGCUAACCCUUUACAUGUCGAACUUUGACACAGAACAAGAUUUGUUUAGUUUCUUUAGCAUUUUCAUGUGUUUAAUCAUCAUGACUUUAUUUCUUAUUUGAUUAAAACAGUGUAUAAUGUUCUCAACUUUAGUUUUCCUGAAACAAGUGGAGCCUGGCACUGGGCCAAACCUUGAAAAGAAGUAUUAACUGUCAGCGAUGUUAAUACAAUAAUGUGAAUGUAUAGUCAAUCACAAGGUAAUUUCAUAUUCUUUGUAUUGUGUUGCAAUGGCAAAUGCCCAAAUUGAGAGGACUGCCUAAGAAAUAAUUGAGAAUGAAAAGUAAUUUAGGAUAAGACAUCGACUGCCAUAACAUCUCUUUUAGCAGCCAUCAAGAUAAUAGCUGGCGAGCCUUUGGAAAUAAUUACACCUGACACAUCAGAUUCAUUGUUCAACACUUGUUUCUCUGCAGACACGGAAUACUUAACCUGUUCCUGGUGCUUUGCUCUGCCUUGUAGCAGAUUGCCUUUAGGAGCUGGGUGUUUCAUGUAUGCCGCUGAUCUUUGGAAUUUUGGUUAAUUAAAAGGCAAAAGUGCAAAUAUAGAAUAAGUCAUUGGUACAGGAAUGUGAGUCUAAUUAUGUUUUAUUAUCGGUGUGAUAACAGUUUCUGAGCACUGCUCUGUUUUUAUGUAGUAAUAUCACUUUUCAGGGUUGACCACUCAAACUGGGUUAAAAGAUCAUUUUUUGUACUAAAGUGUACAUUUUUUGUCUUUUUGAACAGCAUCAAUGUGUACUAUGUGGUAUUGAGAUUUUCCAAGCGUAGAGUAAGCUGCAAAGGUGUUUGGAAGGUGUUAUAUGGUUUUUUGAAAUCAUUUCACAUGGAUCUCUGGGUUACAUUUGUUAAUGCUUUUAAUAAAAGUCUCUUUAAAUAUGAGUCCUAAAAAAAGUUCAAAACUG